CUGUGCGCUCGCGUUACCCGGUCGUCUUUUCUCAACCCACUCCCCCCUUCUCUCUUGCCCUAGGUUUCUCAAAUCUCCCGGUCCCUUCUCGUUUCACUCUCGUAGUCUUCUUCUUCAUCACCUCCAGUGGCGCACGGCUUCGAUUGCGCUGCCUCUGGGCUCCAAGAGGACGUUCUCACCCGCGGCGGCGCCUCUGCGGACAAGAAGCUCCCGCUGCAGCACGAGGCGCCGAGCCGCUGCUGUGGCGGCGUCGCAUAGCUUUGCCUGUAGCUCUGGCUCCUCCGGUGCCUUCGUCAGCAUGAGCACGUGAUCCUGAAAAGUGGCUGGAGUUAAAGUUACAAAAAACUGCGAGCGUCAAUCAGCACACUCAGUAAUUUAGGGGUUGUAUUGGGGAGGAAUCGGAGGAGAAAGUACGCUAUUCUCCUGUUUAUCUUGAUGGAAAGAUGAGACGCUUCCCUGUGCAGAGGCGCUUUGCUCCAAUGUCGUCUGUGUGUGUGUUAGGGCUAGGCUUGGGUUUGCCCUCCCAAUGCAAAAGGUCUACUUUGGUUUUCCUUCCUCCUCGUCCUUGCAUCAUGUUACAUGAGCCCUUUUUUCUGUCUUGCUCUUCUUCUUCCUUCUCAUCUACCCGCCUUUCUAAUCCUUCUCAUCAUCUCCAUCAUUUGUUUCUCAUUCCCACUCUUGCCUUAAUAGUACGAGAUCACCCAACCUUGUUGUCAUCUCCCAAGGAAGAUCACUACCCUGUAACGUUGCCCAUCCGCACACACCCUAUUUCUCCUCAUCUUCCCUAUGGAGGCAGCGGGGGUGGCAACAAAAAUAAUUGGUGGUGGUUGUGGUGGCGGCAAGGUGACCCUUCGGAUCCUGAUGAUUGUUGGCGGAGUUGUUCUCUUCCUAUGCUUCUUGGCCUUGUCCUUCUCUACCAUGGUGAUGGAGUGCAAGGUCACAGCCCUCGGAGGCCUCAUGCAUCCCUUCUUUUCCUUUUCCUAGUUUGCCUUCUUUCCCUCUUCCUUGCUCCUCUCGCCCUUGCUAGAACUAGUAUUGAUGAUUCUAAAGAUUUGUUAGUUUGGGAGGUGAAGGGGGGCAAGCGGACGAGGCUAGCUCCUGAUGCAUGCGGAGACUCCUUUGCGGCAGCGGUGGCUAAUAAUGACGAUGAGUUUCCAUUCUAUCGUGGGGUGGAGUCUUGCUGGCAAAGUAGCAGGGAUCUUGUUGUUCGCUUGAUGCUGCCCGAAGGGUACCCUGACAGCGUCAGCUGUGAUUACCUUGAAUACUCCCUCUGGAGAGGAGUCCAGGGCAUUGCCAGCCAAAUCAACAGCAUCUUAUCCACUCAGGCUUUACUCUACGCAGUUGGCUUAGGAAAAGGUGCAAUACCAACAGCAGCUGCGGUUAACUGGGUUCUUAAAGAUGGAAUCGGGUAUCUCAGCAAAAUAUUGUUGUCAAAAUUUGGCCGUCAAUUUGAUGUUAAUCCCAAGGGAUGGAGGCUCUUUGCAGAUCUUCUAGAAAAUACAGCCUAUGGAUUGGAGAUUUUGACUCCAGUUUUUCCUCAUCUUUUUGUUUUGAUUGGUGCGGCUGCGGGAGCUGGUCGUUCAGCUUCUUCAUUAAUACAAGCUGCCACCAGAAGCUGUUUCUAUGCAGGUUUUGCCACGCAAAGGAACUUUGCUGAGGUCAUUGCGAAAGGGGAAGCUCAAGGAAUGGUCAGCAAGUUCCUCGGAAUCAUGAUAGGAAUAACAUUGGCUAACUAUGUUGGCUCAUCAACUUCUUUGGCUCUUUCUUCGUAUUUUAUGAUAACAGGAAUUCACAUGUACUGCAAUCUCAAGUCCUACCAGUCAAUUCAACUGAAGACUCUUAAUCCUUAUCGUGCCAGUUUGUUGUUCAGCGAAUACUUGUUGAGCGGACAGAUACCUUCCAUCAAAGAAGUUAAUGAUGAGGAACCGCUUUGCCCUGGCUUGCCAUUUUUUAAUGCACACAAAGGACAGUCUGAGACGCUCUCUCUGGAAGCAAAAGAUGCUGCAUCUGGUGUUUAUCGCAGGUUGCAACUGGGGUCUAAGCUCAGCCAAGUCGUCAACAACAAGGAAGACACGUUUGCACUUUUUGAGCUAUUCAGGAAUGAAGGUUACCUGCUUGCAGAAAAACAAGGAAGAUUUCAUGUUGUCCUUAAAGAAGGCUCGUCGCCGGAAGACAUGCUCAAGUCUUUAUUCCAUGCCAACUAUAUGUAUUGGUUGGAGAAAAAUGUGGGGAUUGAACCCAGAAGUGUUGCUGAGGAGUGCAGCCCAGGUGGGAGGCUAUAUAUAUCCUUGGAUUACGUGCGAAGGGAGUUCAGCCAUUUCAAACAUGACGGGAAACAAAGCGGCUGGUUUACGGAUGGGCUUAUAGCUAGGUCGUUGCCGAACAGGAUACGCCCAGGCUAUGCUGUUUCAGCUUAGAUGUGAUGGAGGCGUUGUGCCUUUUCGUCGCAUAACCAUGAGUAAGAAUAAGGUCAAUUUGCUUCCCUAUUUCUAUGUCACGUGAUGGCACCAAGGCUUGUCAUGCAAAUAACUGCUCUGAGAAUUUGGUGGAGGCUGUUGAAGAGUAAGAGGUGUAAGCCAGGGGUAUCGAGAGCUCUGGGCUUACCAGUCUGUGAACGUUGGGCUGUUUAUGUAGAAAUUUGGGCUGAAAUUAUGUUCAACAUGUGUUUGUUUGAUGUCGAUCAUCAACUCUAUGCAGAAGUCAAGAGUUUUGUCGAUCGUAAGUGACAGAACCUGAGGUGAGAGCUGAACUUUGUUGCAACAUUUUGAAAGUUCAGUUCCCUCGUAUCACACAUUCAAGUUACAGGGUGAAAAUGAAGCUGGUUCAGCAGUCCGAGGGUCGACACUGUAUUUUGCUCUUGUAUUUGGUUCAAAUCUUUUGCAUUCUUGAGAGAAUUAUCUCAUCAGCUAUUCAUCCAAAAUUUGGUA